UUCGGUGGUGUGACUUUGCUGUCCAGGGCAGUUUCACGGCUACGGUUUUCCGCAGUUACCGGCCUCUUUUUUGGGCUCCUGUCGGACCGCACCAGGGGACAAAAGUGAUCACAGCGUGACAGAAACUGCGGUUGAGCCAAUUCUCGGGCAAGAUGGCGACCACUCGCUUCCUCUCAGGCUUCUGCAGUACACUGGACUGGAGACCGCUCGAGUUCGUCGAUCACAUGCCGGACAUCCGCAUUUGCAACCUAUGUGGCGUCAUUGCACGUACGGCCAUGCUGCUCCCCUGUUCGCACGUGCUUUGCAAGGUCUGCUACGGCCAGGUUAAGGAGAAGAAUCAGUCCUGCCCGGUGGACAGAAAGAAAAUAAUCGAGGAGCAGGUACAGACACUGGAGCUGAAGGAGGACCAGCUGGAUGACCGCCGUGUCCUUUGCCUGAAUUCAAGACGGGGCUGCAGUUUCAUGGGCAAUAUCGCUGAUUUCAAGGAACACAUCGAGAAGGACUGUGACUACCACGAGGUAUCAUGCCCGAAAUGUGGCAGCAGUGUGCCACAGAUGAGGAUUCUGGAGCACUGUCUGGGUUCUUGCGUCGAAGGAACCAUCUCCGUGAGUCCUAACGAGAACGGAUCCGUGCUGGGAGAUCUUCGAAAGAUGAGGCAAUCCCUCGACGAGGCAGUAGAACGCAUGUCACAGAAGAAGGUCGCAGUCCAGGACAAGGUCAAUGGCCUGGUCGAAUGCCUGGACGGGUAUGCGAGCCAGAUCAAGUCUUUACAGGACUUGCUCCGAGGGGCCAUUGCCUCAAGCCAGCUGGCCAGAGUGCACAUUCCACCUGCUAUGGCCGAUGGCAAGCGCAGCGGUUGUGCAGUAGGCGGCACCGUGGUGGACAGAACGUACGUGUGCCUAGGCGAAAUCUACAAGCGCAAGUCGUCGCUGUGCGGCGGAAUCAGCAAGCGUGAUAUCAGCCCAGUCUGUAUCCUAGCCGGGUACUCCUUGAUGGUCGAG